AUGGACCUGGAGCUAGCGGUGAUGGGGGCCCGUCGGGCCCAGGAGGAGCUCGAGUCGCUGCCCAACAAGGACGCAUUCCCGACGGUGGAGGAGAUGGAGCAGGAACCAGCGGUGAUGGGGUCUCGGAGGAAGGUGGUGCGCCGGCGGCGCGGGGCGAUGUCGGCUAGGCCGGGGCAGCGGCGGUGCAGGCACUGCGGGACGACGAAGACGCCGCAGUGGCACAGGGGGGCAGCGGGCUGCCGCACGUUGUGCAACGCGUGUGGCGUGCGGUACAAAAGGGAACGCCCGGAGUAUGCACCCUCUCAUCAGGAGGGACUGGAGGUUGGCGGCGGCGAGGCGUUGGAGACUAUGGAGGCGGAGCCGUCGGAGGUGGGGUCUCAGACGAAGAGGGUGGUGCGCCAGCGACGGACUUUGGCGUGGCCUCCGACAGCGGCUGAGCCGGAGCAGCGGUGGUGCCAGCACUGCGGGAAGAUGAAGAAGCCGCGAUGGCGCGAGGGGGCGGCUGCGGAGCAGGAGCGGGAGUGGCUGUUGAACAAGAACGUCCCGGCGGUGGAGACAGUGGAGCCGAAGCCAUCGGUGGUGGCGCCUCGGACGGAGGGGGUGGUGUCGCCGGCGCUUUCUGACCUGGGGCAGCGGCUGUGCCGGCACUGUGGGACGGCGGAGACGCCGCAAUGGCGCGAGGGACCGGAGGGCCGCAAGACGCUGUGCAAUGCGUGCGGCGUGCGGUACAGGGCCGGCCGCCUGGUGCCGGAGUACCGGCCGCUGCGCAGCCCCACCUUCUCCCCGGAGCUGCACUCCAACAGGCACAGCCGCGUCGCCCAUAUGCGCCCUGCCGGGGCUCCUCAUCCACUGCCGCCGGACAAGUGA